AAUCACCGUCGACUGCGUGGUCGUGUCGAAAUAUCUGUUUAUAAACAAAAGUUUUGCUGUAAACUCCAUUAUUAUUUUUACAUCGUAGACAAUUAGAUAAUACUAUUACUAAUAUGUUAUUACUGGUACUAGUGAGCGCGUUAUUCUUGGACGCUGUGCAAUGUGCAACAACAGUUUCUCCAGUAAAGAUAUUGUAUGAUUUUCAUCAUAAUAAGGCGAUGAUAGUACGAGCAGAUGGUUGCUAUGAAUAUCACAUGAAUCACCAGGAUUCCGUCGAUGCCAAAGACGACACGGCACGACCAAUUCUAGAGGCGCGAAUGCUCGCUGAACUCGCAACAGCCAUCAACAUUGUAGAGACCGGGCACCAUCACAUUGAUCACAUGACACAAGAAAUCAAGACUGCGUGCGCAUCACUUACGGUUUACGGUUGGGAUCUUCCGACCGUGGGUUCAACUGUACCAAACGUUUCGAGUCCGUAAAAAUAAAAGUGUGAAAGAUGAAAUAGAUUAGUGUUUGCAUUUUUCAUCUUAAUACAAAUAUCUCAAAUGUACAUGUGUUGUGAAAAAAAGUUUGACAAACCAAGCAAUUUUGUUUGA